AUGAUUUUGGGUGUAAGUGUGGGUGAAGGUGUUAAUAUGGCUGCGGUUGUUAUUGAUAUUCUUCAAUCAUUGUUUUUAUUGACUAAACGUUUAUCAAGAAUCAUAUCAAAUGAAUAUUUAUGGAACAUUCAUAUUGGUGAUACAACAAUGUCAUUAUUGAUGUUUAAUGAUCAAUGCCAAAAUAUCUUAAAAUUAAUAGGUAAUUGGGUUGUCUCAUUACGUCUAACAUUAAUUGAUAUUAUUGGUGGAUGGCCACUCGUUUCAUCUUAUCUUCAGUAUCAUCAGAUAUCAUUAUUUCAACGUUUACAUCUGAUUGGCAUCGAACCACAUGAAUUUGAUAAAUUAUUGCGUAAUCACGUAAUAAGACACUUACAUACUUUAUUAGUUGAUGUGACACCAUCUAGUUCGUUUAAAUGUCUUCAAGUUGAAGGAGUUUAUUUAGCUAAGGUGUGUUUAAGAAUGCCUCUUCUAAAAAUUUGUCGACUUUCUUUUGAUCAUAAUUAUAAGAAUGUUAAUCAAAUAGAAAAUGGUUCAUUAGAAUAUCAAAUAACUUUACCGAAUUUAUUAAAUACAAAUCAUCUUCGUACAUUGACUAUUGGUAUACAUACGUCACAUUUUCUCGAGCGUUUACUAUUAUGUAUACCAUUCAUUGAGAAUCUUUCUUUCAGUAUAAAAGAUCGAGAUAGUGAUGAAUAUGAUACACAUGAAUUUUGCUUUUAUCUGGUCACAUUUUUUGUUCGUCGAUAUCUGUAA